GCGAGCAACGAUAUCCUAAACAGAAUAUCUUCUUUAUUGACGAAAAUAUUAUUUCCACUCAGAAAGCAAUUACAAACCCAAAAUCAAACAGAAAAUCAAAUUAAAUCAAAUACCUAAUUCAAUCAAUCAAUCAAAUCUGGGUUUGUGUUUGAAUAAAAAAUCAACUAAAGAGAUCUUUCAAAUUGGGUUUUGAUUCUGUUGGCAGAGAUGAAUGGUGGCGGUGGUAGAGGUAAUUACAGAAACCCUUGUUUAACGAUGCAUCAACCACGGGCAUCGUUGUUAGUCUAUGGUAUUAAGCGUAUUGAAGGAAGAUCAUGGCCUGCUCCUAUUAGAGGACGACUCUGGAUCCACGCUGCUGGUAAAGUUCCGGAUCAAGAGACAAUCAAAGCAAUGGAAGACUUUUAUAGAGAAAUCUAUAAAGUGAACGGAGUUGAAGAAUUGAAUUUUCCAGAGCAUUAUCCAACUUCACGACUAUUAGGUUGUAUUGAUGUGGUUGGAUGUCUUAGGCGGCAUGAAGUCGAGUGUUGGGAGGAGGUACCCGAAGGGGUGAGACUAGAAGCUCAAACGGAUUUUUGCUGGCUAUGUGAAAACCCACAGAGAUUAUUGAUCCCAUUUGAGAUGCGAGGGUUUCAAGGUGUUUACAACUUGGAAAGAAGGAUAUAUGACGCCGCAGUUAGAGGUCUGAGUCCGGUUAAAAGUCCAUUACCUGUAAAGUUUCCACUUCCAGAUUCCAGAGAUCCUUUCUCGCUAAAACCAGGAUCACUUGUCUCGAGCUUGUCUUCCUUAAAAGUAUCUGAAGUUAAAAAACCAGAGACUCUUACAGCAGCUAUAGCUGGUGCACGCGCUGCAGCUAUAGCUGGUGCACGCGCUGCAGCUACCCAAUACUCAAAGCAACCUCAGAGGUCCCAACUACUAACACAAUCCCACAAAGAGAUAAUCCAGAUUCUAGAGAAGCAUGUAAGUUUAAGAACAAAUCAAAUAAUUCAGAACUGAAUGAAAGGCAUGUUGCAGAGUAUGAUCGCCCAGUUCAAAAUGGAAAUUUGGCGCAUAAUGUAAGAAACAGUCAAGAGGUUUUUGAUGGUACAAGUUGUAGUAGCCAAAUUCAAGAUCAUAGUAGAGAUUGGAACCAUCGAUCGCAGGACAGAACUGUCGAGGAGUCCAGAAGCCCUGCAACCAUUGUCUCAGACAGGUCUCGACUACCACAAAAUGAACGUUACAGAGACCAGGGUGGACGAAGGAAUUGGUAGCGGUACUCAAGGCAGUUCUAGAGAUAAGAAACUCAAUGUUGGGACUCCUAAGGUAUGGAACCUUCUGGAUUUUUUUUUUGAAGUAAUUAGUAGAGAAACGAAAAAAUUGUCCAGGGAUGAGGAACCUAUUAACUUUUGACACGUGGUAUGUUGAUGAGGGUUCAUUAAUCAGCACCUGGAAUCGAAUCCGACGAUGGGUUAAUAGGUUCCUUUACCUCGUGGACACUCAUGAUUUCUCAUGUCACUUAUUGCGCAUGCCUCUGUGACUCUGUCUUUCCCCUGAUUUUCGCGGCAAGAAUGGAAGGCCUUAGGCCUGCAUUAUAAGUGUUUGAACCAUGGAUUCAUUAAAGCACAGACUUGAAUGGCUAUAUAUGGAUGAUUCAGUACAGGUAUUUCGACGGACGCAGGCGAAUGGCUCGCAUAAGAGUGAAACUUUUUUUUCAGGAAUAGCAGAGUGUGCAUGUUGUACUAUAGGUAGUUUUAGGCCUACGAAUUCUACUACGGUACAUGUUAUGAUCUGCAACUCUUAUAGCUUCCAAUAAACCCAUUACGUGUAGUAGUUAGUCUGUUGCAUUUGAUAAAGUGAUCAGAUUAUGGGUCAUAACUCGUAAGGGAUCCAAGAAUGGGGUGAUAAAUCAAUCGAAAGCCCAAAAAUGCGGUAUAAAAUGAUACAGUAACCUACCUUUAUCCCAGUCAUCUUUUACAUAUACAAAACUUUUGUUGUGUCUAAUACUCACUCACGCUUCAAUAGACAUUAUCUUCUUGCUGGAGUUUUUCGGAGGUUCAUUUCUUUGGUUUGUUGCUCUAGUUUUGAGCUUUGCUACGUAUUGGUCAGAACUUCACAGUAGCAAUUCCACACCUAAA